AUGUUCUAUAAGUACAGCGGCAUUCGUGCAGAAGAGAACAACAAGACCCUGGAAAUGGCGCGGCAAAUGAAGAUUCGCCUCAUGACCGAAGAGGAGGAGUCACUUCAGGCGACUUCCAAGAAGAUCUACUGGGCAUUGGCCAUCUCCGGCACACUCUUGUGCUGCUGCUGCGUGCUCAACAUUCUGCUAAACUCAGCAGGAUGA